CAUAUUUCGGUUCAAUAUUUCCAAUUUCCACAUAUUUUCUCCUAAAAUUUCACUCUUAUUUUCCCCCAAACCCGAAUACGAAAUUGCCGCCUUUGAUCGAACCGGCUUUUGGAGGGUGAAAAAGAAGCCUUUUGCUUUCAAACCCCAGCUACUGUUUCAUCAUCUCUUCCACUAGAUGGACAAUGAAGUGACUGAGCGUCAAGCAAAAGAACGUCUGAGGACAAGGUGGACACCUCCCCUUGAUAAGAUUUUUGCAGACUUGGUUGUGGAACAAAUUCAAUUGGGUAAUAGACCAAAUAACAUCUUUGACAAGAAGACCUGGGGCUACAUACGUGAUGAAUUUAAUAACCAAACGACUCUCAACUUUAAUAACAACCAAUUGAGGAAACACCUAGAUGUUCUUCGUGCUCGGUACAACCAGAUAAAUUCCGCUUUAGUCCAAAAUGAUAUCAUCAUGGAAGAUUCAUGCAGUGGAUUUGACUUAUUGGAAGGCAUAGAGGUAAAUCCAAGACCAGAACCAGUUAAAAUUAAGGACUGCCCCAUCUAUGAACAAUUAUGCAUUAUAUUUGCUGAUAAUGGGGCUGAUGGGAGGUAUGCCCAAUCAAGCCAUUAUGAGGAGGUGGAUCUUAAAUCUAGUGAAAAUUUUGUUAGUCCUAUAGGAUUAACACCUGGUAGGGAAACCGAGGCACAAACUCCUGAAGUUCCGUCAUCUUUGAAGUCCGUGGAAGUCGAUGUUUCUCCUGUCAUAAAGGGAGGCAAGACUAGUUCGGGGAAUAAGAGAAAGCGCACAUUCGAGGUAGACCAAAACCGAGAACAACGAAGGGACCAAGAAAUACUUGAUUCUAUGGCAGAAGCAAUGCUAGAUAUGAUUGCUGCCUCUAAGCUAAGGAUAUAUACAAAGACGGAAAGUAAGGAGAUGUUCUCUAUCACAAAUUGCAUCAAAGCAUUGGAUGAAAUAGACAUCAUGGGAGAUUCGUUGUACUUUGCGGCUUUGGAUCUCUUUGAUGAUCCUAAGUUGAGGGAGACCUUCUUAUCUCUUAAAGGUGUUGAUAUAAGACUGCGUUGGUUAGAGGGAAAGUGCACUCUUACUAGUGUUUGUUAGUGGAUUGACCUUGAUUUUGGGUAUAAAACCAAAGUAGGGAUAAUUUUUGGUCACAUUAGGUAGGGAUUAACUAGUAUUUGACUAACUUUGCUGUAACUUGUAACUUGUAAGUGUAAGUACCAUGCACGGGCGGUGGCGCAGCAUUAGGUAGGAUGAAGUGUUUUAUGGCCGUGUAACAUUUGAAAUAAAGGCUAUGCAAUCAAACAUUGAGACCUGUAUCUAUA